AUUUAUUUUUUAAUACUCCAUGACUUAUUGUUUUGGAAAAAAAAAUACAGCUAUGGGACGUUUUGGUGGAUAGGUUAGGGAUUAGUGAAGCAAGCCAGUCGCCAUUUCCAAGUUCCACCCCUCCCUGUGGUCUACUCUCCUCACUCUCUCUACGCUCCCGGGAAACCAACAUCCUCCAAGAUGAUGAGCCUCCUCAGAAUCACUGCGAAAUCUAGCCGUCCGAUCCAAGUAGCCUUGGGAAAUCAAUGGGCUUCCUCGCUCAGCAGGAACAGUCCCAGACUGUUCACCACAGACGCUCAAAAUCCGCCGCCAGCACCGCCACCGCAGCAGCCGCAAACUGGGGACUUACCUCCCAGGCCGAUUCCGAAUCUUGAACCUAAUGGUAAAGUUUAUGGGAGGAUAAAUUUGAUUGGCAGGUUUGCAUCAAAGACUGAUAUUAUAGCUAUGAUGGGAGACUGUCAUGUAACGGCUGAAGACGUCAAGUUUGAAUACAACACAACUUUCAACGGAACCUCAGCGGUAAUUCAAUUCCGAUCUCAAGCUGAUUAUUCUACUGCGCUCAGAGCAGUUACUCCAAAAACCACCCGUCAAGGUGGUCUUCUAAGGGCUGACCGGAUGCAAUGGGAGAAUGUGAGAUCAUAUGAUGGAAAAUCUAUUGUACUGCAAGGGAUCCCUCGGAAUGCAGUGUUUGAUGACGUUGAACGCUUCCUUUCUGGAUGCCAAUAUGAUGCUUCUUCUAUAGACAUCCGCCCCAUGCCUUUACGACCAGGAAGUACAGAGUCAGUUAAAAGGGCUGUUGUGAACUUCCCUUCGCGGCUUGCUGCUUCGCAUGCUUUCAUCACCAAGAACAGAGGCUUCUGUCUCAACAACCAAAUCAGCAUCCGAAUUCUGCACUAGUUGUAAAAUCAGGUCAUCGGCAUCUUGAUCUCUUAUUAGAAACUUGUAAUAAUCUCUGGGAUUCGAGAUAAAACAUGUGCAGAUCUUUUCUUUUUAAAACAUACUUAAUUUUUUUGACAGCUUUUAAAAUACAAAUUAGUUUGGUUU